UUGCUGCUCAAGAAACAUGUAAUAUUAUCAAUGUUGAAACACGUGAUGCAUAAGAUAUUUUUAUAUAUAAUAUAUAUUUUAUUAUAUUUUAUAUUUAUAAGAUAUAUUUUAGAUAAAAGAAAUUUGAGAUAAAUCUACUCCUUUAAAUAGGUAAUUUUAGUGAUAGAAAAUACAGUUCCGUGGAUUAAGCUGAAAUUCAGUCUGAAAGCAUCCUGGCGUCAUUUAACGAAGUGAAUGCUAGAUUUGUCAAUAUUUACCAUAUGUGACUUAAGUCGUAGGUUAGUCAAGAUAGAGGAGUCUAAAAGAGCAGCUGAUUGAUUUGCAUGUCAUAUACUGUAGACCAGACCGGUCUGUUAAACCAGUUCUUGUGUCAUUGCUCGGCUGACUCUGUUGAGCGCUUUGUCUUCAGGGAAAAUCUCAGUAGUUUGUGACCUGACAACACUUGCCGUCAUGAAUCGGAACGCUUUGCGUAUUUUGCUUUUGACAGUGCUGUGUUCGUUUGCACGAAAUGAAACGCUCAAUCCAGCUAUUGCUGAUGAGCAGCUGCUCUGGGUCGGUGGGCAAGUCGGAGAAGUUCAUACCUACAGAAUUCCCCUGCUCACCUUCACUACUCACGGAAGUCUGCUGGCUUUUGCAGAGGCCCGGAAACUGUCUUUCAAAGACAAGGGAGCCAAGUUCAUCGCUUUGAGACGCUCCACAGACAGAGGAGUCACCUGGUCUCCUACCUCCUUCAUAGUGGAUGAUGGUGCUCUAGCAGAUGGGCUGAAUCUAGGUUCGGUUGUUGUGGAUGAAGAGACUGGUGCUGUGAUACUCAUCUACUCUGUGUGUUUUCACCGUUACCGCUGCAAGCCCUCCAGCACCAUGAUGGUGCAGAGUCUAGAUGACGGGUUCACCUGGAGCGCCCCACGAAACCUUAACCCUCAACUGGGGCUCAUGAGUUUUGCUCCUGGACCUGGCUUCGGUAUACAGAAACGUCAUCCGCCUGCUGUUGGGCGUCUGGUGGUGUGUGGCCACGGCAGCAUCAUUGGAGACGGAGUGUUUUGCAUCCUGAGUGAUGAUAAUGGAAACACUUGGAGAUACGGAGCUGAACUGAAGAGCAUUCCCUACAACCAGCGUAAAAACAACCUUGACUUUGACCCAGAUGAGUGUCAGCCAGUGGAGCUGGAUGACGGUAGCAUCGUGAUUAAUGUGCGCAACGAUAAACACUACCACUGCCACUGUCGCAUGGUUGCACGUAGUCUGGAUGGAGGAGAGUCUCUGCCGGUGGAGGAGCUGGUGUUUGAUCACACACUGGAGGAUCCUGCGGUUGCGGCUGGAGCUUUAGAGAAGGAAGGAGUGCUUUACUUCACCAACCCAGCCAAUGCUAAUAACAGAGUGAACCUCACCCUUCGCUGGUCUCUGAAUCGUGGUAAAUCAUGGGUGAAAAAUACUCUGAAGAUCUGGGCUGGGCCAAGUGGAUACUCUUGUAUCACGUCACUUAAAGGCAAUGAAACUGAGGAUCAUAAAUACAUCUAUGUCAUCUUUGAGAAAGGCCAAAAAGACUAUUUUGAGUCAGUCUCCUUUGUCAAAAUUGACCUUUACAGCGAACAGUGAAUAAAGUCACUGAUUCAUAUUAUAAAUAAAAAAGAAGCUUGAUCAAGUUGCUCAAUUUUGAAAAUAAAUAUUUAAGUGAAGAUGGCUUUCAUUAAUUGGUUAAAUUAAUUGUCUGCUUUAUCUCCAUAUUGUUUUUACAAAUAAUUUUGAAAUUAGUAUUAACUUUAGAGAAAUAUAGAAAUACAUUGGCAUGCAAGCUUGUCUGAGGUUGUAGAAUCUGAUUUUUUUAAAUAUUGUUUGGUCAUGCCUUUUAUCUAGUUAUAGUUUAUAUAGCAGUUAAAACUUAAAAUAAAUUAUAUAAAAAUACUCUGUUCAGUGGAGAAUAAAAAAUGUGUUUUGGAGGGCCCUUCCCCACCACCCACAAAAAUUAAAUAUCACUUUCCUCAAUAAUAAAAAUCCAAAAUAAAUAAAAAUAAUAAAAAUAUAUAUUUAUUUUGAAA